AUGAAAUCAAUAAAAAUUAAGCACGAAUAAACACUCUCUACAAAGGAGGGAGGAUUUUCAUUAUUAAGAGGUGGUGGUUGCAUUAAUAAUUCUAUAAUUCAUGAUAUUUAUUCAAUAGACGCAAAAAAUAGUCACAAUAGUUAGACACCAAUAGGUUUUACAAAUUAUUUGAUAAAGUUUACGAAUCUAUUACAUGACAAAGCUAUUUAAUCCAAAUAAGAUAAUUCAAUUUAUGAAAUUAUGACUUCAAUUUAAUGGUUUAUGCAUAAUUAAGAAUAUUUUUAUCUAAUGUGCUAAAAUGAGAAAUUAGCUCUUCAGCAUUUAGAUUUAUUAACACUUUCUUUAGAUAAAAUUUUGAAAUAGGCACCUAUCUAUUUAAAAACAUCUGGAAAUAUGUGUUUAUAUAUACUGGCUAUUUGUAAUACAUUUUUGAGAGUGUUUUAUUCUUUAUUUAUAAAGAAAAAGUCAAUUUAAUUUAAGAAAGAAUAUAUAAUAAAUUUGGAAAAAUAUAUUGAUGAAAUUCAAUCAAUUCUGGAAUCAGAUUUAUUGGAAGUUUGGAAGACAGGAUUCGAGUUUGAAUUACUAAUGAUUAAGAUAGUUAUUGACAAAUUGCCGAAUGAAUAUGAACAAGGUUAGGAGAUAUUGAAUUCAGUUGCAUUUGAAAUAUUGAUAUCUCUCAUUUCAUUACAGCCUAGUGAAGGAUUAAUUGCAUCAAUAAUCAAUGGAGGAAAGUUUUUAUUCAAUAAAAUCUAAAAUAACUUUGCUAAACCCAUUGAGAAAUACAAUAUUUAUUAUUUUUUUGAAUCGUUAAAAUGGAGUGUGAUAGCUUAAUUAAAGAGACAUUAUUCUGUAUUAACCAUUGAAAAAUAAUUGAUGGAUGGGUACAAUAAUUAUAUUCAAAGUUCAAAUGAUUGGCUUAUUCAUUAUUGUUGGAUUAAAAUGAUUUCUGAUUUAUUAACUUAUCGACCUUUAUUAUAAAGAGACAUAAUAUUUUCAAAUUUAUCAUUACUUGAAAAAAAAGAGAAUUGGAAAAAGCUUUUUGAUGCUCAACAGAUAAAACCUUUAAGUUAUGACACUAAUAUAGCAAAAUUGGUAUUUUUUCCAAAAGACCAAAGAAAUUAAUUAAUUAAUAAUUUUCAUGUUGAUUUUUACAAUUAUGGAAUUAAUGAAUUAAGAGAAUUCUAAAUUCUUUUAAUCACCUAAAAAAAUUCUUCAUAGUUAAAAUUAUGGAGUUCUUAUAUAACAUAUAAAUCAAAUAAUAAUACAUAAUCUACAAAUCAGUAAGAAGAAUCUUUUGAAUUUCUCCAAAUAUUUUCUUCAUUAUUAGAAGAAUAUCAAAAAUCAAAAUUAAAGCUAAGUUCAAUUAUUCAAUCUAUAAGUGAAUCAUUAUCCCAUCUGAAACAAGAAUAAUAUUAAAACGCUAAUUUAUUACAACUAUAUAAAAAUGAUUUAAUAACAAAAUGCUAAAAUUUGUAAGUAAUUAUUAUAGAAUCAAUCUACAUUUUAAAUGAGAUCGAUUUUCAAUUAAUUUUGGCUUUAUAAAGAAUUCAAUUACUUGAAAAUUAUAUUGAAUAAACAAAUAAAAAUCAGAGUUUAAUACUCAUUAGUUCUAUAAGUGAAGAAUUGAAGCAAUUAUAUCAUAGCAAUUUUUUCAUUUUGCUUAUCAAAAUACCAAAAUAAUUAUACGAAUUUCAAAUUGCCCUCAAAACUUUUGAAAAUUCUGUAAAUAAUUAAUAAUUAUAAGGACAAAUUCUAGAUUCUAUUAAGAAUUUAACAAUAAAUGAAUUAUUUUUUAAGAUAAUCGAAUGUUUAAAAAUUAUAGAUCAAAAAGUGAAAAGAUUUUAGGUUGAAUUUGAAAAUUUAAUUUUGACAGAUAGGGAAAUGAAACUAUCUGAAUUUAUAUUAAAGGAUAAAUUUAGAAAUUUUAUCUAAUAGUUUGAUAAUUUCAAUUUUCCAGUUGUCAUUAUUGAAUUUAUUUAAAAUUUAUUAACAUUAAAUUUUAAAGAUGAUAAAUGGAAAUCGAAUAUAAAUUAAAAUAUAUUGGAUAAUAUUGAAAAUUGUCAAUAGAUCCUAACAUUUAUUAUAUUAAAUUAAAAAUUAAUAAAAAACAUUAAAGAACAAAUUAAUAUAUCUUAAUUCAAUUAUGAAGGGGUUUAUAAUUAAAAAUAAGAUUUUGAAGAUAUGGAAAAUGUUAUAGGGAUUAUCAAUAUAAUUAUUGAGGAAUAAAGAAACUCUGUAGUCUCGAUGAUAAACUAAACUAGUAAUUAUUAAGAAGGAUAUUAAUUCUAAUAAUUAAUUAAUUUAAUUGCUAAUAACUAAAGGACAAUAACUUCCUUAAAUUUUGAUAGUUAAAUUAAAACAAAUCUUUUAAUCAAUAUGACAAGCAUUUCAUCUAUUCUAAUUGAAUUAUAAUUUAAUUCUCAUUAGUAACUAGAGUAAGUUCAAGAGAAAUUAGAAUUAAUUUAUUCAAAUUUGAAUUUAGAAGUUAAAAAGAUUGAUAAAUGUGGCUAGUCUAAAUUAUAAAUUUAGACAUCAAUGAAAACUAAAACUGAAGAAAGAUUAAUCUUUAUCGAUCAAUAUUUAUAGGUUUUAAUGAAUUUGCAAUAUUUUAUUUAAUAAUUAAGGGAUUUUUAGAUAUCAAUUUAUCAAACUAACUAAUUGGUUUCAAACUAAAAUAACGACUAAAAAUAAUAAUUAGAAGUUUUGAUAUAAUCCAAUUUUUCAAUUCUAAGAUCAAUUAAUUAAUUAUGUUCAUAAAUGGAAUAAUUAAUAUAAAAUAAGAAAUUAAAUAAAUUAGCAUUAAUAGAUUCUGAAUAUUUGAAUUAGGUUGACAAAAUAGAAUAUAAAUUUUUAUUUAAUUGCUUAAAUUCAUUAAUUACCUAUACUUAAAAAAAAACAUUUCUUGACUCUAUUCAAAAUGAAUAUGAUGAAACAUACAUUUCUAUUAUCAGUUUAUUUUAAAAGUGUUAAUAAUCCUCUUUUUCAAAACCUAUAGAUGAUGAAGAAAACGAUUGUAAAGUCAGAGAAUGUUUAUUUUUUUAUUUGAUUACAAUGUAAAAUUUCAUUUAAGAAGGUGUGGUUACAUAAUUUUGUUAAUAAAUGAUCAAGCAGAUGUGGAUUUAAGAGAAAAAUUAAAAAGUCAAGCAAACUCUAUACAACUAAGAAUUAAUAGAGUUAUAAAAAAAGUUAUUUUCUUCAGAUUUAAGCCAAUUUAUUAAUUAUCUGAAAGUAGAAAUGAAAACUAAAUUAGAUUUAUUAAAUUCAUUAGAAUAUUAAAUACACUUUGAGGGUGAUAAGGCUAUUUAAGUAUCACUUUAAAGGUAACUUCAUGUAAGUUAUUAAGAAUUUGAGGAAUAUUUGGAUAAAAUUACUGAGAUGACUUAGAAAUUAGAUAUAACUUUGGAAUUAUUAAAAGAAAAUCGAAAAAUUCUACUAUAGGUCAAACAAAAAAUUGAUUAAUUACAAAAUGUUGUUGAUGAUAUAGCUUUGGAUGUAAGAAAAUUAAGAGGAAAAUAAGUCAAUGAACUUUUAUAAAUUAGAAAAUAAUUAAUUUUACAGUAAAAAGAUAUUGAAGAGUUAAAAUCCAUAUAUAUAGAAUUAAAAGUUGAUCAUUAUGACACAAAAACAGGUUAAAAAGUAGAAAAAAAUAAUGUCAGCUGGUUAAUGAAAAGAAAAGUUAAUGAUUUUUCAGGAGUAUUAAAUAAUUUUUUAAUGAUUUAAUAAUUUGAUCCAAUAAGGGAGUAAGAAUAUAAUAUUGAUGAUUAGAAAAAACUAGAUGUUAAUCAAAAGAAUUAGAAAAUUGAUGCUUAUAAUUAUAGGGAUGUAUUGUUGAUUAAGGGUUAGGCUGGUGCUGGCAAAAGUACUGCAGCAUAGAAAAUUGAGUAAUUUUUGUGGCAAAAUCAAAAUGAAUUUAAACAAAAAUGGAUUCCAAUAUACAUUUCUUUGCCUACAAUCAAGAAUCCUAAAUUUAAUUUGUUAGAAGAGGUUUUAGAAUCUGAAUUUUAUAAUUUUGAUAAGAUUUAAACAAGAGAGUUUAAGGAAUUAAUAAAGUAAAAAAGAAUUAAUGUGGUUUUAAUUUUAGAUAGCUAUGAUGAAAUGCACUUUGACUUUAUUUAACAAAAUUUAUAUUAAACAAAUAGAUUAAAAGAACAGUUUAAAGUUAGUGAAGAUUUUCCAGGCUAAAAUUUAAAAAUAAUAAUCACUACUAGAUCAGAGAUAUUGGCAACAUCUAAUUAUCAAACAUGGUUUUACGGUGAGAAAAUAGAUACUAUGAUUGAAAUUGAAUUAAUAAAAUUCGAUAUUGAAUAGACAGAGGAAUAUUUAAAGCAGCAUAGUAUUUUAAACUUACAAACAUUAAUUUUCAACAUGUACGAAUUUGUGAUGUAAUUUACAGGAAAAUAAAUUGACAUGUAAGAGUUUUCUUAAAUAUGGUCUCUGAUCUAUAUAAUGGUUAAAUAAGAUUCCUCAAAUUUUCAUGGAGAUAACUUAUUAUCAUCGAGCUGUAUAAACGAAAUCUUAAAAAGGCUUCAAUAGCUUGAACAAUUUAAAUAUAUCAAUUAAUUAUAAUUUAUUGCUUUUGAAAAAGAAAUGUAAAAAUUUUGGAGUGCUCCGAAAUAUCUAAAAUAAAUAUAAAAAACAAACUUAUAAUCAUUUUUGGUAACACCAUUUCUUAUAGAAUUGCUUGUACAUGUACUUCCAAGAACAUAAGUAGAUUUAGAAGAAAUUUAAUAAUAAUUCUGUAAAAAUUAUAUUCAAGUAAAAAUUGCUUAACAAAGAUCUUAGAGAUUAAUUGAGGAUUAUAAAAUGAAACAAUUUGCAAAUUCGGAUUAGAAUAUGAUUUAAUCUGAAUAAGAAUUUAAGAAAUAGGCUUAACUAAUUUUAGAAUAAUUAUUACAAUAGCAUUUUUUUAAUUACUAUUCUCUUAUUAAUUAGAUUGAGUAAGUUGAUUUUUAGACUGUUAAAAUGAAUAAUUAAUUAUUUAAUUUAUCUUGUACUGAUGAAAUAUAAUCUGUAAUUUAAGCAUUCUAAUUAAAGAGGUUAUCAGUUUAUGACUUUUACAACUUAUUUAUUGAUUAAUAUCAUGAAAAAUAAAUUUUGAAAUUACAAGAAUAUGGGCAAAUUAAAGAUUGUGAAAGUUUUAAAUAUGAUCUGAUGACAUACUCUGAAGCACUUGCUCUUGAUAUGUCAAUUCAUUAAGUAACUUCAAUUUAAUAUCGAAUUAAAGGGUAGCUUAAGUUAAAGAAUUAAAUAGUAAGUAGAGGAAAUGAAAAUUGGGCUGAUCAAUAUUUUGAUGGGUAUGAUGGAGUUUAAAAAUACAAUUCUCUUUUAAGAAGAGCUGCUCUGAUUAUCAAAAAAGGUAAUAGCUAUUUAUUUACACAUAAAUCAAUUCAAGAUUUUUUUGUUGCUAGAUUCAUUCUAUGUUUAAUUUAGAACAUAAAGGAUUAUGCAAAAUUAGAGGAAUAGUAAUUGAAUAAUAUGAACAUUUAACAUUUACCAAAUAAAAAUAUAAUUAAUUAAUGUUUAUGGAUGGAUGAAUUGAAUGAAGGCUUCAAAAAUUUAUAUUUAUAUUAAGAAUAAUAUAUGGGAGUUAGAAAUUUUGUAGUUGAGGGAAUAAAAAAAAAGGAGAUGACUGAAAAACUUUUGCUUGUAAUCAAGCUUACUGCAAUUUUUCCAGAUCACAUAAGAGCGGGAUCAAAUUGUGCAUAAUUACUUAAUUGGUUUAAUAAAAAUUUAAAGUUUCAAGAUUUGUAGAAUAUCAAGUUAGAAUAUGUGAAUUUAUAUGGAACCAAUUUUCAUGGUAGUGAUUUAAGGAACUCCUAAUUUUCACAUGUCAAUAUCAAUCGUUGUAACUUUAUCAAAUCAAAAUUAUUUAACAUCAAAUGGCAAAAUACAAUAUUAUCCGAGAAACCCAUGUUAUUAGGACAUUUUGGAAUUGUUAACUCAAUUGUAUUUUCUCCAGAUAAUUCUACCCUUGCUUCUUGUGGGAAUGACAAAUUAGUGAUUAUAUGGAAUUAUAAAACAGGAAAACAAAUUCGCAAAUUAUAGGGCCAUAAAAAUAAUGUAAAUUCAGUUUCUUUUGCACUAGAUGAAAUUAUUCUUGCCUCUUGCGGUGAUGAUAAUAGAAUAAUAUUAUGGUAAUAUUUGGAGGGUUUUAUACUUAUGCAAUUAGAAGGUCAUAUAGGUAGUGUAAAAUAAAUAGCAUUUUCCUCAGAUGGAAAUACUUUUGCAUCAUGCAGUGAUGAUGGAUCAAUAUUAUUAUGGGAUUAUUAAGUAAAGUAAUAAAAAAGUAUCUUGUAAGGCCAUUCAAGUUGUGUCAAUUCAAUCGCAUUUUCCAUAGAUGGGCAGACUUUAGCUUCGGGGAGUCAAGAUAAGUCAGUUAUUUUAUGGAAUCAUGAGUCAGGCAAUUUAGUCAGGAGUUUAGAAGGUCAUUUUGAUGAUGUAACAACUGUUGCAUUUGCAAUUGAUGGUAUAUCACUUGCCUCAGGUAGUCAAGAUAGAAUAAUAAUAAUCUGGGAUUAUAAGCAAGGAAGAGAAUUAAGAAAAUUAUUGGCUCAUUAAAAUGGCAUUGAGUCGAUAACUUUUUCAUAAGAUGGAUAGUUACUUGCAUCUGGAAGUAGUGACAAAACUGUUCUUUUGUGGGACUUUAAAUCUGCUAAAUAAAUUGGAUAACUGGAAGGACAUUCUGAUGUAGUUUUCUCAGUGGCUUUUUCUAGGGAUGGAUCAACUCUAGCAUCAUGCAGUCGGGACACUACAAUCAUUUUGUGGGAUUGUUAAGCAAGCAAAUAGAUGGAGAUAGUGGAGGGACAUACUUAAAGCAUAACUGCCAUUUAAUUUUCGCUAGAUGGAUUAGUAAUUGCAUCUGCAAGUGCUGAUAAAACAAUAAUUUUAUGGAAUAAAGAGACAGGUUAGAUUAACUAAAAAUUAGAUGGUCACUCAGGGAUUGUAACAUCCUUAGCCUUUUCUUUCGAUGGUCUACAUUUAGCCUCAGGAAGUUAUGAUAAAACAAUUAUCUUAUGGGAUAUUAGGACAGGAGUUAAUAUUGGAAGGAUUGGUAGUCAUAUUAAUUUGGUAACUUCUUUGGCCUUUUCUUCUAAUGGCUGGGCAUUAGCAUCAGGUAGUUAUGAUAAGGCAGUAAUAGUAUGGGAUUAUAAAACCAGAAGAAUAAUUUCAAAAUUAGAAGGGCAUUCAAGUUGGGUACUAACUGUUGCCUUUUCAAAAAAUGGAAUUAUUUUAGCAUCUGGAAGUAAAGAUAAAACAAUAUUGAUUUGGGAUUAUCGGUAAAAAAAGUAAGUUGGCAAACUAGAAGGUCAUCUUAAUAGUGUGAAUCAUAUUGUUUUUUCUCCUGAUGAAUUUUAUUUAGCUUCUUGUAGUUCAGAUUGCGUGAUCAUAUUUUGGGAUUAUCAGACAUCUAAAUAAGUAAAAAAGAUUGGUGAUCAUUCUAACUAGAUUAAUUAAAUUGUUUUUUCAAUAGAUGGUUUAACUCUAGCUUCUGUAAGUGAUGAUAGAAGUAUUAUAUUGUGGGACUUUUAGACUGGAAAGCUAAUGUAAAAAAUAGAUGGUCAUAUAGGAAUUGUAACAUCUAUCGCUUAUUCUCCUGAUGGUAAAAUACUUGCCUCUGGUAGUUAAGAUAAAACAAUCAGACUUCAUUUUGCCCAUUAAUAACAAAAAUAUUUAUACUCAUAUUCUUAUCCCUACUCUAGUAGAUUUGAAGCUGAUGAUGCUAUUGUGAAUGAAAAUUCUAAGAUAUUUAAUUUAUCUUAAGAUAUAAUUAUGUCUCUCUUUGAAUAGAAAGGUGCCAUAAAUCUUAAGGAUUGA